GGGUAUGCCUGGACCACAGGGAUACAGAGGACCUCUUGGUGUCCAGGGUAACAUUGGACCAUGGGGUGAGGUUGGGCCUCGUGGCCCUCCAGGUGACCAGGGGUCACAAGGUCCAAUUGGCCCCAUUGGAGUUGCAGGUUACCCAGGUAAAGAUGGACCUCAAGGACCAACUGGAUUAGGUGGUGUCAAAGGAGAUAAGGGAUCCACAGGAGCUUUGGGGCAGGAGGGACUUGCUGGUCUCGAUGGGUCCAGUUGGACUGAGGGGACCUGAGGGGCCAACUGGACAAAGAGGCAUAUCAGGUGACAAGGGGAACACUGGGCCUCCUGGACAGAAAGGACCAAAGGGAGGUGAAGGAAACAGAGGCAACCAAGGGCCACAGGGAGCAAAGGGGCCACAAGGUAAACAGGGAUACAGGGGUGCACCAGGUGACAGAGGAGCACUUGGAGUCCCAGGGCUCAAAGGUGAACCAGGCACCAAAGGUUCUUCAGGCAUGCCUGGACAGUUUGGACCAGGGGGCAACACUGGGGUAGCAGGGACCAAAGGCCAGAAGGGGCUCCAGGGACACACUGGUCCCCCUGGCAGUAUAGGUCCCACCGGACAAAUUGGACCAUCAGCACCAGGUCUGCCAGGCGAGAGAGGUGUGGAGGGCAAAAGUGGAAUCCCUGGACCAAAGGGUAGUCAUGGUGAGAAUGGCAAGCUCGGUCUUCCAGGCAUCAAAGGAGACACGGGCAUUAGAGGUCAAAAGGGUGCAAAAGGAGAACCUGGAACAAGAGGCACAAUGGGGACUUUGGGGAAGAUAGGGUUCAUUGGCACUGCAGGUGCUAAAGGUCAACGUGGACCUGCUGGUCCUCCCGGUCUUCCAGGAACUAAAGGAAUACACGGGCCAAAGGGGAAAAGAGCCCAGCCUGGAAGGAAAGGCGAUAAAGGAGCUACUGGAAAAACUGGAGCUGAAGGCCCGCAGGGUAGACCUGGAGCUGCUGGACGACCUGGAAAACCAGGCCUUAGCGGUUUGGAUGGUUUACUAGGGGUUGAGGGUAAUGAAGGUGAUCCGGGUGAUAAGGGUUUUAGAGGAGCUCCUGGAACAACUGGCAGGCCUGGCAAAAUGGGAAAACUUGGACCACCUGGGAUCAUGGGAAACACUGGGGCACCAGGCUUUAAGGGUAAAGCUGGACACAAAGGAAAGCAAGGGCCCCCUGGACCAAUGGGGCCAAAGGGUAUUCCAGGACUGAGAGGAGAGAAGGGAGAGUCUGGAACUACUGGUCCGAAGGGUCUCCCAGGUGACACAGGAAUACUGGGACCAAUCGGGCCACCUGGGCUAAAGGGGAAUCCUGGUUUGCAGGGGCUCAAAGGUCAGAUAGGUCAAAAAGGAAAGCUGGGGGAUAGCGGUCCUCGUGGUCCACAUGGGCGAAAAGGUUUCCUUGGACUUCCUGGCCAGCUUGGAAAGAAGGGAAUGAAAGGUGUCCAAGGCGGGAAAGGACCAAAGGGAGCAAAGGGAAAACCUGGACCUCCAGGAAAGCCAGGUGCACCAGGCAAGCACAGGCCUACACAAAGACGGAGAUCAGAACCUGAGCCGAAAUCAGGUCAAAGAAAUGAGCACAGACCCCAAACAAGACCCUAUACAAGACUGAAAUUAAAAAAUGUACCAAAAUCCAGACAGACAACCAGCCCUCUGAGGCAAAGGGAAGAGCAACAAAAACAGCCCAGGUUGCUGUCCAGGAGAUGGUCUGAAGGAGAUGAGGCUGAGGAAUCCUUCAGCUGGCCCCAGGGAACCAAAGGCGACCCUGCCACCACCUGCUACGAGCUGGGACUCAUUCACCCACAUCUGAAUGACGGUUAUUUUUACAUGGACCCCAACCAAGGCUGCCCCUACGAUGCUGUGAAGGUAUUCUGUAACUUCACAGCAGGAGGAACAACCUGCAUCGACCCUUUACAGUCACAGAUUAAAUUAGGUUGGGAACCAGAAAAGAAGAAAUCGAAAAUGUCUGUCCAGUGGUUUAGUCAGCAACAUGGAGGAAACAAGUUUGAGUACGCUGGUGUGGACGUCGUCCAGCUGAGGUUUCUGCGGUUACACAGCCACACAUCUUUCCAGCACAUGACUGUCAGCUGUAUAGCAAACAGCUCCAGUACUGCUGACACAACUAAUUCAGCCAAUAAGAUUGUUCACUUCCUUGGAGAUUCUGGCAAAGAAAUAAUUUCACACCUCACCACAGUGUCCAGGAAAGGCAGUGAGGUAGAGGUGGUUGUGAUGGUUCGGGGGAGCAUGGACCUACAUCGUGGUGAUAUGGAGUUACUUCCUGUCAGAGAUUUGGGUGUAGAGAUGAGGUCACUAUCUCCCCCUGUCACUGAGACAACUGUUGUUUUGGGACCCCUCUGCUUCUUGUGACCUAUGAGUAGUGUGUGUGUGUGCGUGUGUGCGUGUGUGUGUGUGUGUGUGUGUGUGUGUGCCUGUGCAAUAUGAAAUAGUGUAAAUAUCUGUUUUAUAUAGAAAGCAGGGAU